CAGCACACGCUAACGCCUGAGCACUCAUUCAUCAUGGGUCUGUGCUCACCAAGCUAGCUGUUGUCUUUACGCGCUAAACAGGGGCAUGUGGAAUAACUAACGAGCGUAUCCUAACGACGCUCUAAAACCUGCACCAGUAUCUUUAUGGGAGUGGUGUCAGCCGGUGAAUAUUUCCAACUUAAACGACACUUUCCUGCUUGGUGCACUGGGAACUAACGUGUCGUGUUAUGGGAGAGACACGGAGGUCAGACGAACGGUGGGCUGUCAACGGUAAUGUCCGAGUAAAACGAGCCCGCGGCCGCUUUGACAGCUGUCUCUUCAUGUUGUAGCACUCGAUCAACUUUAAAUUGAAUCAUGCCUGGAAAACUAAAGGCCAAAAUUGUGGCAGGGCGCCACUUGCCUGUGAUGGACAGAGCCAGUGACCUGACUGAUGCUUUUGUAGAGGUCAAGUUUGGAAACACAACCUUCAAAACGGAUGUCUGUCCCAAAUCUCUAAACCCUCAGUGGAACUCAGAAUGGUUCAAAUUUGAGGUUGAUGAUGAGGACUUGCAGGAUGAGCCAUUGCAGAUCACAGUAUUGGAUCACGAUACAUACAGUGCUAACGAUGCCAUAGGGAAAGUUUACAUUGACAUCGACCCGCUUCUGUGCACUGAGGCUGCUUCUGUCAUCUCUGGCUGGUUUCCCAUCUAUGAUACCAUCCACGGUAUCCGAGGGGAGAUCAAUGUCCUCGUCAAAGUGGAGCUCUUCAACGAUUUGAACCGCUUCAGACAGUCAUCGUGUGGGGUCAAGUUUUUCUGCACCACAUCCAUUCCACGGUGCUACCGGGCAGCGAUGGUGCAUGGGUUUGUGGAGGAACUUGUGGUGAAUGAAGACCCAGAGUACCAGUGGAUUGACCGUAUUAGAACUCCCCGGGCCUCCAAUGAGGCUCGUCAGAGGCUCAUCUCUCUCAUGUCUGGUGAACUGCAGAGGAAAAUAGGGCUUAAGGUACUGGAGAUGGGUGGGAAUGCAGUGGUGGGCUACUUGCAGUGUUUCGACCUGGAGGGAGAGUCGGGCCUGGUGGUCCGGGCCAUAGGUACCGCCUGCACGCUGGACAAACUCAGCUCUGGAAGCGCUCCCAACACCAACACACACGUGCACCCUAACACAGCCCCUGCUUCCAAUGCCUGCAAUUCCCCUUCUAAAGACGGAAAGGAGCCGGUUUUUGGUGAGGAUCUGCCCUCGUCCUCCGGCCCGCCUACCCCUUUCAGAGCCCUCCCCACCUCCUCCUCCUCUCCUCCCCCUUUCUCUCCCUCCAAGCCAUGCAGCCGCCAGUCCUCAUCAUCAGACACAGACCUCAGUUUGACGCCCAAGACGGGAAUGGGCAGUGGGGGCAGCGCUGGGAAGGAGGCAGGGCCGCUGAAGACCCUGCUCAGACAACAGACGCAGACGGCUCUCGAGCAGAGGGAGUUCCCCUUCUUCACUCUGACAUCUUUCCCACCUGGUUUUCUGGUUCAUGUCGGAGGAGUGGUCAGCGCUCGCUCUGUUAAAUUACUGGACCGUAUUCACAACCCCGAUGAGCCAGAAACUCGUGAUGCCUGGUGGGAGGAGAUUCGCCAGGAGAUCAAAUCUCAUGCCAAAGCGCUUGGUUGCCAUGCUGUUAUAGGGUACAGUGAGAGCACAAGCAUCUGUGAAGAGGUGUGUAUUUUGUCGGCAUCAGGCACAGCAGCCAUCCUGAAUCCACGGUACAUGCGUGAAGGCUGCCUAGACAUCGGGAGCACCGACCACAGAUUUGAGGAGCCAUCUCCACCAAGCUGUGGCUUCUGUCACAUCCCGUAUGAUGAGCUCAACAUGCCAUUUCCUGCCCAGCUCACCUACUGUUACCACUGCAGAAGGCAAAAGGUUCCUGAUGUGCUAUUCACAACAAUUGACUUGCCACCAGAAGCAGCUGUCACAGGGAAGGGCUGCCUCAUCCAGGCCAGACUGUGUCGCCUAAAGAAGAAAGCCCAGGGAGAAGUGAAUGCAACGGCCAUCUCCAACCUGCUGCCUUUCAUGGAAUAUGAGCUGCACACUCAGCUGAUGAAUAAGCUGAAGCUGCGGAACAUGAAUGCCCUGUUUGGUCUGCACAUACAGAUCAGCGUUGGCGAGAACAUGCUCCUUGGUCUAGCUUCUGCUACAGGAGUGUACCUGACAGCCCUGCCUGCACCAGGAGGUAUCCAGAUUGCGGGCAAGACUCCCGGUGAUCUGAGCAAUGAGCACCAUAUCUUGACCAUACAGAAAAGGAUCAAUGACGCCAUUGCCAAGAACAAAGAGCUCUAUCAAAUAAACCCUCCGAAAUUAUUUGCCCUGGACCCUGAGGUGUUCUGCGGCAUAAACAUGGAGCUCACAGAGGAAGGGGUGGGUUCUCCGAUCCCCGAGCCAAGGCAACGAUCCAGACUUUUUCGCUCGCACUCAGAAAGCUCUGACGAACUGUCAGAACUGGAUCUGUCCCAUGGCAAAAAGGAUGCAUUCGUCCUGGAGAUUGAUGAUACUGAUGCUGUAGAGGACAUCCACUCCCUCCUCACUGAUGCACAUCCUCCCACAGGGUUCUACAGCUGCAACACUGAAAUUAUGCCUGGGAUUUAUAACUGGACUUCAGGAAUACAGAUGUUUACAUCAGUGAGGGUCUUUAGAUUGAGCAAUGCCAAUCUCACUAACCAAGGCUUAAACAAGAUCUUCACUGAUCUAUGUGAGAAUCUGCUAAAGAGUUUUUACUUCAAGUUGCGCUCCAUGAUCCCCUGCUGUCUUUGUCAUCUCAACUUCACUGUCGCAGUGCCAGAGGAAGAACUCAUACAGGUCACAGUGACAGCGGUUGCCAUGACGUUUGACAAGGACCAGACUCAGGAGAAGCCAGCAGACAAGCCCAUCACCAAAGGUUCCAGUGAGACUGAAGAGCAGCUGCAGUUUCCGCUGGAGUUGUGUGCAGACACGUCAUCUGCCAACACUCAGCCGUCCUCCAAAAUCUCAGGUGUGCCAGAGAGUACCAACGUCUCAUCCAGAGCUGCCUCCGUUGAUUACGGUUCCUUUGCAGACAGAUGCAGCACCUGGCUAGAGCUGCUUAGGCUGAAAGCUCACACCAUAAGACGAGGAUCAGUUAAGACAAGUAGGAGGACACAGUCUCUAGCACACUCUGUCUCGUCUUUGGAGCGCUGCAGUCCGCUGCCCGAAGGACGUUCCCGCUCGCUGCGCUCCAGUCGAUCGUUCGGGGGCAGUUCAGUAACCGUGGUGAAGAUGACGCCGCUCUCCUUCCUCCCUGGGAUACGCAUCAUUAAAUACCUUGGGAUCAUCAACAUGUUCUUUAUCAGAGAGACAACAUCUUUACGAGAGGAAGGCGGUGUUAGUGGCUUCCUCCAUUCAUUCAUAGCGGAGGUGUUUGCGAUGGUUCGAGCCCAUGUAGCAGCCCUGGGUGGCAAUGCAGUAGUGUCCUACAGCAUGAAAGAGUGUGUGUUAAUGGAAAAUCCUAACAAGAACCAGGCUCAGUGUCUCAUUAAUGUGAGCGGUGAUGCAGUUAUCUGCGUCCGAGAAACUGACCAGGAGACCACAGCUUCGAUGACAAACAUCGGACAGACCUGUAGUAGCGGAACCGAUGGGGCGACAUGACAGUGAAACACACACUGAUUCUGUCUGCAGUCUUGAGUGGACACACUCUCUGAGUCUAGCCGUCCAAAUCUGAAAGAUGUUAAUUUUGCCUUAAAACUCUAUAAAAGAUCCCAAGGUUUGGACACAGGUAAUAAAGAACAAUUACUCAUGCACUCAAAAACAUGCAAUCUGUAUUCAUAUAGGUGUGCAGGAGGUUUCUCUUUAUGUUUUUCUAUGUUUAAAGAGAGCAGUUGUGCAUGAGAUGCUCAUGUGGCUCUUUGUGAAUGAGGUAAUUUAAGAGUAUUUCAGCCAAAGGACCCAUCUGCAUCUAGCUUUUCCUCUGUAUUACAGCCGUCCAUAGUUCCAGUAUAUUUGCCAUCUCUUUGUGUGUGGGCACAAUUGACCCUUGAGGCAGCUAUGACUAAUUCGUCCGUCCACAAACCACAGAUAUUAUCGAAUGGCCAUGUUAAAAGGGACAUGCUUGUUUACGAUUGAGUGAUUUCAAUGCCAUCAAAUUCUUGCAGAUUAUUGGCUCAUCAGUUCAGAAAUGAGUGGCCAGAUUCUGUUUUAGCCAAGACGAGUAUGUCAAAUUCAAAAGGCUGGUGCUCUUACCCAACGUAGAAAAGUCAGAUUUCAAUCAAAUUUUGAAGCUAGGUUCCAAACAGUCCAAGCAAAUUCGUGAUCCUUUUUUCUAUAUAUAUAUAAUUAUCAGAUAUUUAAUUAGUGUCCUAGUUUCUUUUUUUUUUUUCCUCUAUGUCUAAUUUGGAUUUAUGUUGAAUUUGCUGAGGGAUAAUCGUCCGUAUUACUGUCAUAGUAUUGCUCACAGACAGUUAUCUACAGAAGACCCAAACUUGUUAAGCAAGUGUCAAAUAUCGUUCUGACAGAUUAUUCGAGUGUUUUUUUUUUCCUAAAGUUACAUGAAUCUAUAAACAACUGGCCAAGAUUACAGCUCUAAUAUGCACAUAUUUUUGUAGCGUGAGAAUGUUCUCUUUCGAACAGCUAUGACCUUCUAUUCCAAUGACUGUUUUAUAAAUGAAAAGUCAUAGAUUUUAUUGCUUUAUCAUAAGAUGGUGAAAUAAAGUGGCACAGAGGGUAUGCUUUUUAUCUAAAAAUCUGGAGUGAGUGGGCAAAUGGUGAUGGUAUAAUGUCAAAUUAAUAUAGAUGGAACCGAUAUGUUGUCUAAAAUCGCACUGGGGAUGCAGUAUUUCAUAGCAAAGACUGAGAUUAUUUCGACUUCAUUAAACCUUGAGCUGUGCGUAUAAAAGCAGCGUCUGCUUCACUUGCAGCUCAAGGAUCACUACUUCUUUUUGACUGAGUUCAUCGUCCGUGUCAAAUUUUGCAUACCUUUAUCAGGCUUCGUUGCUGUUGCUUUGGAAUUCGUGUCCAUGUUAAAGAGUUUUUGCUGCUGAUCUGUCCACGUCUGACAUUCAAGUCCAGUGCUGGGGAAAAAAAGCAUCCUCUAGUGUCGGUGCCACCUGAAAUUAAAACUGUGUAAAUGUUCUCUAAAAUCAGAUUUUUAGUAUUUUUGUAACGUACAAUUUAUGAAUCCUACUGCUCACUUCGCCUGUGCAAUGAAUUCAUGAUGUUUUGAGUCACUGUGUCAGAGAUUUAGUGGUACUCUAAUCUGUUUGUGUGAUCAGCGGUUUGUGAUCAGUUUCCUCUAUUUGUGUUUAAAACUUGAAUGUACAUAUUUGGAUGCUUUGGCUUUUUGACUAGCAGCAUGCAGACCUACUUUUUAUUGCCAUGAAUCUGUAUGUUUGCCUGGUAAGUCUUGCACAUUAAACUCGAGUCAUACGGAGA